GCCAGAAAAAAUAAAACCAAUCUCUUCUAGGAGUUUUGAAGACAAUAAGAUCAAGAAAGAAAGAGAGAAGAUUUGUAUUACAUAUAGGAAAAGAGAUAUCAAAUGGAGUGGGAGAAAUGGUACUUAGAUGCGGUUCUAGUGCCAUGUGCUCUGCUUAUGAUGUUUAGUUACCACAUCUACCUCUGGUAUAAGGUUCGAACCGAUCCUUUCUGCACAAUCGUUGGGACUAAUUCCCGCGCCCGUCGAUCUUGGGUAGCCGCCAUCAUGAAGGACAAUGAGAAGAAGAACAUCUUAGCAGUACAAACGCUACGAAACACGAUAAUGGGAGCGACGCUGAUGGCAACUACUUGCAUCCUCCUAUGCGCAGGCCUCGCUGCCGUUUUGAGCAGUACUUAUAGCAUCAAGAAGCCUUUAAACGAUGCCGUAUAUGGAGCUCAUGGUGACUUCACAGUUGCACUCAAAUACGUAACAAUCCUCACAAUCUUCCUCUUCGCCUUCUUCUCUCAUUCUCUAUCCAUUCGCUUCAUCAACCAAGUCAAUAUCCUCAUUAACUCUCCUCAAGAACCCUUCUCCGAUGACUUCAGCGGAAUCGGAAGCUUCGUGACUCCCGAGUAUGUCUCUGAGCUUCUCGAGAAAGCUUUCUUGCUCAACACGGUAGGUAAUAGGCUGUUCUACAUGGGCCUGCCUUUGAUGCUAUGGAUCUUUGGGCCUGUGCUAGUGUUCUUGAGCUCGGCGUUGAUCAUUCCUGUUCUUUAUAACCUAGACUUCGUGUUUUUGUUGAGCAAUAAAGAGAAGGGUAAAGUGGAUUGCAAUGGAGGUUGUGAUGAUGAUAACUUCUCUCCUUGAUUAUAUCCGUUGAUGUUGAAUAUAUACAAUAAAGAUAUUUAUCAAAAAAUGGAAAAAAAAUCACGAACAAUGAUAAAGUUGUUUGUGAAUAAGUCUUUCACAUUGAUUGUUGCUAAAUUGUU